AUGGAGGACGACUUCCACGUGGACGAGGAAUACAUCAAGCAGCUGUCGGAGAAGUACAAAAACGCCGAACACCCCCUCUUCAUGGAUGAACUGCCUGCCAACAUUGAAGAAAAUGAAGACCUGCAUGCUCUCUACAAUUUAAUGAUCGACGAUGAAGACGAACUAAGUUUGGCCAAAAAUUUUAAGCAAGUCGGAAAUGAUUACUACCAGGAUGGAACCAAAUAUUUUGAAGAUGCCAUAAUUAGCUAUACCAAGGGCAUAGAUAUACUGACCAAGUAUUGGGAAGAUAAGAAUUUGGAGAAGCGCAAGGCAGAGAGGGGUAAACUGAGAAAUGACAGUAACAGUUCUCCCACCGAGGGGACCAAAAGCAACGCGCAAAAUGUCAGCUCCCAACGGAUUAGCAAUGGAGUCAGUAUCGAAAAUGGGGAGAGUACCGCCGGGGAGGAGGCAGGAAAACCUGCAGUUAAGGGUGACUCUACCUCUAGUAGGAAAGGCACGGAGAUAACCGUACUAAAUGGGUUACAUAAUGAAGGUGGCCAUCGAGAUGACCUCCGUGAUAACGAAAUAAGGGGCGUCCUGGCCGACCUCCACUGUAACCGAGCAAUCGUCCACUACAAAAAGAAGCGCUACGUGAAAUGCCUGCAGGACUGCCGAAAGGCAUACGCCUUCAAUCAGACAAAAUUCAAGAGCGUGUACUAUAGCAUCCUGUGCUCUUACCACUUGGAACUGUACAAAGAUGCCCACAUGUACGUUAACCGUUUUGAAGACAUGACCAAAUCUAUUGAUCUCAAAAACCAUAUCAAUUUGAAUGAGUACGAAAAGAUGAAAGAAAUAAUUUUCAAAAAAUACGAAGACAUUUUAGAAAGAAAAAAAGUAUACCAAAAUGAAAAAAGAAAAGCCGAAGAAAACGAAAAAAAUGUUGCUAACCUUGUCCAAGAUAUUUUACACAAAAGAAACAUUCAGAUGGUUGAAAAUGUAUACCAGCAGGGAAACAAUGUCAUCCCUGUGCUCUACGUAGAUACUUCUAUGUAUAUUCAUUUUACUGUUUUCUUGCUCUACUUUGAAAGGGCAAUCAUGGAAACGAUAAUCGACUUUGCAGAAAAUCAAUCCAUCAUGGACCACUACGAUAUUGUAAAGAAGAACAAAAACAACCAUCUCCUUUUUUGUUAUAUCGAAUUUCCUUAUGAUGUCUUUUUCAUGAUUCACAGCAGCUCCUACAUUUGUGACGUACUCAACAGGGCCAAAUUAUUUUCCCCCAUUCUGUCCAUACACAUUAUCGAGAAUGAGGAAGCCAACCGACAAUUCAGGAGUGGCAAAACGAUCAAGUCCAUUCCGCUGUGA